GUUUGGUUAUCCACGCAGAACGUUUCCAGCUCUCGAAUGGAGUUUAAAUUGUUAGGUAUAUUUCUCGUUUUGAGCUUGUUAAAAUUCGAAUCGGUUUAUACAGACUUUAAUGAAACUGAAGAGAAAUCAGUGAUAAUCAGUUAUAACAAUUUUAACGUUGAUGACGAUCUGUGGCACUUCAUUCGGAUUUGUUGCCCUCGGAAGAAUAUGUUGGCCAAUGGCGGUUGUAGUUUUAAGGAGCGGCUCUUCCGAACAAAACUUUAUUUAAACAUAACACUCGAGGACAAUUCGACAGAGGCCCUAUAUUUCAUCAAUCAAACCCUGCUUACAAGCCCGUUUUGGGAUAUCGAUGAAAUGAUCGGCCUGAGCAGAGAUGAGUACACUUUGUACAAGAACGGAACCAUAUAUAUUCACUCCGAUCAGAGGCUCAAGAGCAAAGAAGAAUACUGCUUUUAUCCCCAUCAGAUUUACUCGGACUUCCCAGAAACCAUAUGGAUUAUCUUACACGAGUGGUCACUUAUAGCGAUACCAGGAGCUAAACAACUCACAUCAGUUUCGCUAGUAUGCUAUAUCUUCACAAUAGGCAUUUAUCUUUUCGUAAAAGAACUACGAAAUGUCUUUGGAAUGUGCCUAAUGAGUUUCAUAUUCUGCAUAUGUCUAGCCUACAUAAUCUGGCUUAUAAAUGCAUUAAAAUUGUUGGGUGACUUUUGCUCACUGGCAGGUUAUAUGUGGUACUUCCUUGACGUUGCCGCUUUUUUUUGGCUCUCCAUAACCAGCUAUUGUUUAUGGAAGAAUAUCACAGCGGUCGAUCGCCAAGAAUAUCGCCAUCAGUUCCUGUAUUACAAUAUCUUGGUCUGGAGUAUAUCUGCCAUCCCAGUCGGAAUCAUCUUUCUGAUAAAUCAGCGUUGGGAAGAGGAUCUUCAGAAAUGGAACUGGUUGCCCUUAGUUGGCUUCAGCAGAUGCUUUGUGGAGGUUUAUAAGUGGUCUUCAUGGGCUUUUUAUCGGGGACCCUUUACGAUCCUUACUGCGAUUAAUAUUUUUAUGUUUCUUCUGACUAUCAAAGACAUAAAAAAAACAAAAAGACAAAUCAAUAAGUUAUCAAAUCGACCAAAUGGGACACCAACUUGCCUUACUAUCGAUUUUCAAAAGUAUGUUAACAAUAACCUCGAAGCUUAUGAUCCGAACCUAGUCUAUCUGCGUAUCUUCGCCAUUAUGGGCGGAACUUGGACACUGUUCUUUAUUUCGUUGAUAGAAUUGAAUACCAAAUUUUGGAAUAUUUUCGUUUUACUAAUCCAUUGGUUCCAUUGUGGUUUUGGGAUCGUUAUAUGUGUGCUGCUUAUUUUUAAGGCCAGCACCUAUCGCCUGCUCACUAACAAGUAA